AUGGCGUACCUUGCGUUAGUGGAGAGUACUGAUGAGGAGCAGAGGAGAACAAACAAAGUGAGGUAUAAGGAAGCUAGGAAGGAGGAUAAAUUAGCGGUCACAGAGGCUAAGACUGCUGCAUUUGAUCGGUUGUAUGAGGAACUAGGGGGCAAAUGUGGGGACAAGAAGCUAUUUCGGCUAGCCAAAGCGAGCGAGAGGAAGGCUCGUGACCUGGAUCAAGUGAGAGGGAGCGGUAGCAUCGCGCUAGGGGAGUUGGGACACUCCGAGAGUCACCGUGACUUUGGGUACUGUAGGCGUAUCAUGGUUGAGGAGGUAGUGAGAGCUAUGGGUAAGAUGAGUCGGGGCAAAGCGACAGGAUCAGACGAGAUUCCAGUAGAAUUUUGGAGGUAUGUGGGUAGAGCGGGCUUAGAAUGGCUGACUGGGCUGCUUAAUGCUAUUUUCAAGACGAAGAUGAUGCCAGAUGAGUGGAGACGUAGUUUGAUGAUUCCGUUGUUUAAGAACAAAGGUGAUAUCCAGAAUUGUAACAAUUAUAGGGGCAUCAUGUUGUUAAGUCAUACCAUGAAAGUUUGGGAGAGGGUGGUUGAAGGGAGGGUGAGGAGGGAGGCGUAUGACAGGGUCCUUAGGGACAUUCUUUGGCGAUGCCUGGAAGUGAAAGGGGUGUUGGUCGCAUACAUUGAAUCGAUAAAGGAUAUGUAUGAUGGAGCUAAGACUCGGGUCAGGACUGCGGGAGGUGACUCCAAGCUUUCUCCAGUGAUUAUGGGGUUACACCAAGGAUCUGCGCUUAGCCCCUUCUUAUUUGCUCUGACAAUGCAUACUAAACAUGAUAAGAUAAGUAAUGAAGGUAUUAGGGAGAAGGUGGGCGAUGCUCCCGCGGACAACAAGAUGCAGGAAGCGAGGCUUAGGCGGUUUGGACAUGUGCUGGGGAGAGCCAUAGAUUCUCCGGUUAGGAGGUGCGAGCGGUUGGCUUUGGCAGGCGUUAAAAUCGGAGGGCUCGAUUUCCUGCCAUCAAGCCAUCUUGAGAAGGUACCUCGAGACCCCGAGGAUAUAAAGCCACAGGUAAAAAUGUCCGGCUCGGUGAACAGAGCUGAGAAAGACCACCUCGAUGAUUGCGGGGAAAAUGGUGCACAACAACUGGCCAUUGCUCGGUUACAAAGCCAUUCGAGGACUCCCAGCACACCAGCACCGUAG